AUGGCCCAGCCGCAGCCGCCUCUCGCUUACGCCUACCCGCCGCUCCCCUACUACUACGACCAGCCGAGGCAGCACCCCGGCUACGGCUUCUACAACUACGACGACGAUGUGGUGGCCUCCGACCCGAUAGAAGACAUUGAGGACGAGAUCCAGCAGGAGGCGGAGCGCGAACAGCGGGAGGAGGCGCUGCCCAUCGGGCAGGAGAUGUGGUUCGAGCACAGCAGUCCGCGCGACGACACAGCCGAGGUCAACUCGCAGUUCCUGCGCAACCUCAUUCUGAGCCAGCUGUACAGCGACGAACAGCAGCGCCAGCGCGCCGCCGCCGCCGCCUCCCUCUACCCGCACGCGCAGCCGCCUCAGCUCUACCUGCACCCACAGGUGCAGCAACAGGUGCCGUACGGCUUGCCGCUGCUGCCCGAGCACGAGGAGCGCCUGCUGGCGGACGACGCGGCAGCCUGGGAGUACACGUCGAGCGCGCGCCAGCUACCCUACCCGUACGGCACCGAGGAGGACGCGGCGCCCGCCGCCUACGACGAGGACGUCGUCGAACUGAAGUCUCUGGUGAAGAAGGCGCGCCAGCACGCCGCCUCCGCUUCCCUCGCUACGCAGAAGCGGCCAGAGUUCGCGACAGAGCUGGGCCCCUGGUUCGAGGGCGGCAUGCGCUUCUCUGACAGGAAAGCGCCUGCCGGCGACGAGAGCCAGGCCGCCGCCACCACGAGCACCUCCACACCUGCGCCAGACACCACGACGACGACGUCGACGACGACGGCGCGCCCCGCCUUUGACGACAAGCGGCGCGGCAUGAAGGAGGUGGCCAUGCCGAGGCCGGCCACCCCCGUGCGGCGGCCCACUGGGACGCGGAGCGGCAGCGGUUCGCACACGUCCGUCUACGACACCAUCAGGCAUCUGCUCAGCAUGGAGGCCACGCUGCAGGAGAAGGAGGAGGUGAGCCGGCGACCUCCGCAGAAGCGGUUUGUGAGCAGCGAGGAGGCGCUGGUGGAGCAGUUGGGCGGCCUGCACAAGCCGCUCUCCACAUAG